AAUGGCGGCCACUUUGACCAAUCGCGAAUGUUCACCGUGCCGCUGGAGGCUGUGAUUGGUUGAAAGGCGGGGGGGCGGUGCCUGAAGGCGAAGCGGAAGUGAAGGAGUGUCAUGGCAACCGCGGGCGCGUCGCGGCGCUCGGGAGUCCCGCGGAGCCCCUGAGGGCCGGCGCGGGCUGCUGGAGCCUCUGGGUUCGUGUGCGUUGAGGACGACACGGGCUGAGUCGGGAGAGGAGAGGAGAGGAGAAAGCCAAGCGGUGAUUUUUGCUGAAGUCACGUGUCACUAUGAAGGCCCUGUAUGCUCAGCAGAAUUCUCCUGGAGAGGAGAUGACAUUUGUGUUCCAGGAAAGAGAGAACCUUCCUGCCUGCAGAGCCCACGAUGUGAAGGUGCAGGUCAGAGCCUGUGCCCUGAGCUGGCUGGACACAAAGCUCCUGUCAGAAACCAAACUGAAGAAGGAACUUGUGCCUGUGGGGCGAGAAAUUUCAGGAGUUGUGCUGGAAGUUGGAAGCAAGGUGACCUUUUUCCAGCCAGAUGAUGAAGUGGUGGGAAUUCUGCCCCUGGAUUCUGAGGAGUCUGGUGUCUGUGAAGUUAUCCUGGUUCACGAGCAUUAUUUGGUUCAGAAGCCACAGAAGGUGUGCUGGGCAGAGGCUGCCGGGACGCUCCGGGACGGGCUCCGCGCCUACACGGCCCUGCACUACCUGGCCCAGGUGUCCCCUGGCACAAGUGUCCUCGUCCUGGAUGGAGCAAGUCCAUUUGGUACCAUUGCAAUUCAGCUGGCCCAACACAGAGGGGCCAAAGUCAUCUCCACUGCCCACAGCCUGGAGGACAAGCAGUACCUGGAGAGGCUCAGACCUGCUGGGGGAGUCCGGCAGCCUUUGGUGGCCCGAGUGAUGGACGUGUCUCACGGGAAGAUUGACGUGGCCGAGAGCUGCCUGGAGGAGACGGGCGGGCUGGGCGUGGACAUCGUGCUGGAUGCCGGAGUGAGGUUAUACAGUGCUGAAGAUGAACCAGCCUCCAAAUGCCAGCUGCUGCCUCACAAGCACGACAUCAUCACCCUGCUUGGGGUCGGGGGACGCUGGAUAACCACGGAAAGGAACCUGCAGCUGGAUCCUCCAGACAGCCAUUCCUUGUUCCUUAAGGGAGCCACAGUGUCCUUCCUGAACGAUGAGGUCUGGAACUUGUCCAAUGUGCAGCAGGGGAAGUAUCUCGCCAUCCUGGAAGAUAUCAUGGAGAAAUUAUCAAAUGGCAUUUUCAGGCCUCAGCUGGAUGAGCCCAUCCCAUUGUAUGAAGCCAAAGUUACUAUGGAAAUAGUUCAGAAGAAUCAAGCAAGGAAGAGACAAGUCAUCCAGUUCUGACAUACAACUUCUGAUUUCUCAGCUGGAGAAGAGAAAGUAAUGUAUUUGUGGAAUAAAUCAGUGUACACUUGCAGGCA